CUCUGGCUCCAGGAGGCGGGGCCAAAUGGGUUGUGGGCGUGGCCACCUCGAAGCCCCGCCCCUCUCUUCCCACGCUGCUGCUGGAGAGCUGGAUCCCACUCGCGCGAAGGCAGCGGAGGAGGACGAUCCUUUUCCAGCAUUCUGUCUGUAGACUUUGAAAACAAUCUGAAAACAGAAACUUGAAAGAAAGAUGCCUGUGCCACCUCCUCCACCACCACCUCCCCUUCCACCAUCUCUUUCUGGAGGUCCACCACCUCCUCCUCCACUUCCACCAUCGGUUUCUGGAGGACCACCACCUCCUCCUCCACCUCCACCACCACCUCUUCCAUCAUCAUCUUCUGGAGGUCCACCACCACCACCUCCUCUUCCAUCGCCUUCUUCUGGAGGUCCACCACCACCACCUCCUCUUCCAUCAACACCUUCUGGGGGGCCACCACCACCACCCCUGCCAUCCCCAAGCUCUCUGGCAAAUUCAGAGCCACCCAAGGCAAGAAGGGAAGAUUCAAAAAGUCGGAGUGCUUUGCUCCAUGAGAUCCAAAGAGGGACUCGACUGAGGAAGGUAACACAGACCAAUGACCGAAGCGCACCACAGAUUGAAAACGAUAGGAGAAGAACAAGCAGAGAUGGCGGAAAUUCAACAAGUGGCAGAAGUGACGUGCCUCAGGCACUGGGAAACCUUUUUGCUGAGGGAUUUCCUGUUCUGAAACCAGUAGGACAAAGAGACCUAACAGGUGGUAAAACUGGGAAGCCAUGCACCCUACGAAUGCCUCCAAGGUCUCCGGACUCGCAGAACAAUAAUGAGAAAGCCAAUGGGAACUUCCACGUUACACCUGAGAGCCCAAAGCCAACAGAGCAGCCAGAAACACCCAAGGCUCAACCGCCUACGCCUACUCGUCCCAGCAUCCCAGCUCCCCCUCCACCACCACCAUUACCACCAUCUUCCUCCAGCAAACCUUCUCUUGUCUUCCCGCCACCCCCACCUCUUCCCCCUCCUUUGGCUGAAAGUCCUGACAAACUCACCUCCCCAAGUACAGCUGCUGCUGUUUCUCUUCCUCACAAUGAGAAACUCCCUAAAGCUCAGACCUCCCCUUUGAAUAUGCCGCCACUGCCCCCGCCACCUCCCUUACCUCUAACAUCACCUUGUGGGACCUCGGGCAGAACGAAUGAAGGCUCUUCUUCCCAGACUGAUGUCAGAACCAAUCCACCUCUAAUGUCACCUCCUCCUCCCCCACCCCCUCCUCAUAUGUCCACAUUUUCCUCACCCAGAUCAUCUUUGUCAUCCCCAACAUCACCAUCCUCUAACAAUGCCUUGAGUGGCAGUAGUGACAUUGCCCCUCCACUGCCCCCCAAGUCACUGUUUGUGCAGUCCCAAAUGGAGAAGGCUAACAUUCAGUCACUGCCUCUGUCUCCUGUUUCUUCGGCCACUCAGCAGACUGUAGUAGUUCAGAAGAGGAGACAAGGAAGAGGUGGAGGGAAGCUGAAUCCGCCCCCAGUUCCUCCUGCAAGGUCUCCAACAACUGAGCUCUCAAGCAAGUGUCAGUAUGCUCAGGUAUCUCCAUGGUUGGUUAGCAAUGACCUUUACCCGUCACUCAAGAAUGGAACUGUUGUGCACAUAAUGGAUGACUUUGAGUCUAAAUUUACAUUUCAUUCUGUGGAAGAAUUCCCUCCGCCAGAUGAGUUUAAGCCAUGUUUGAAGAUAUAUCCUAGCCACGAAGCUAGAGCUAGUGCCAACAACCCUCCCUUAAGAGCACAAGUGAGAUGAGAAGGUCCAAGUAACAGGAGGAUGGCUGGAAAGAUCAACAGUAGCAUUGCAGAAUGGAGGAAUUUGUUUUGGUAGCCAGAUAAUACAGGCAACUGAAACUCAUACUCAAGACUGUCAAUGGCUGGUAAAUGCCAGAUGAGAUUUGAAAUGGCAAUGAGUGAACUGUUGGUGGUUGAAACAGAGUGUAAUUUAUUUCUGACUGCUUUCAGAUUGUCCUUAUUUUAAGUUCUGUGAAGUACUCAGUAUAAUGUAAAGUAUACAAUAUAAGGCAUAUUUUAUUUGGGCUUCAUUGUUCAGUAUGCAGUGCUUUGCAGAAGAAGAAAAUGCCCAAAGUUCUGCUUGUUCUGUCCGCUGUAUUUUAGUUCAACUCAAUCAUGUAAACACAGCUUUUAAACAGUAUUUUGUGUUGAAAUAUACUCUGGAUUUGUGUUUUCCCUUUUAAGAAAACUCCAUAGUGUAAGUUUUUAUAAACUCCUUUCUAGCCUCCCAUAUAGUUUCCCUGAAGUGGCUUUCCAGUUAUUGCAAUUGUACAGUUUUUCAGUGGAAUAUUGACAUGUACGCAUUGAUGUAUACGUGUGUGCAAAAAUAGCCAGCAGUAUUCUCCUCAGGGAAUUUUAUCACCCAUUAUAUGUCUUUCCAAGACUAUCUUAAGAGAAACCAUCUUGAUAUCUUUAAUGCCAGAUUCAGAUGCAUCCACCCUUUGAAUUAGGAGGUGAAGGACAACUUACAAGUUCAAUUGAUAACUGAAAUAAAGCAGGGGAUUAAUACAGUGUAUACUGAUAUGGAAGCAAUCUGCAAUUGGAGGCCCUAUCACUACAAAACUGUAUCUGUGGAUGCCCUGGUAUAAUAUAUUUAAGAUGCUGCAAAAGACAACAAGGUAGUUUGUGAAACCACCUUCUCCAGAGCCAAUUUUACGGUCCAAGCUCAGUUAUAUGACACAUGUACCUCUAAGAAUUUCUCAGUUUUGUUUUUUGAUUUUUUGUUUUUUGCUUUUAAUGAAGUAAGGAUUGCACAACUUCAGCAGGACUCAUUUUCUAUCCCUGGAGGUACUCUGAAGCAUCCCCUUCUGAUAUAUGGAAAAUGUAUCUUUGAAUAAAGCAAGCCAGAUGUU